AUGUACAGCUUUACAUUCUCACAGUUUAUGGAUGUUGUCCUAAACGUUGAUAAUCCAGAUGAUUUUACUAAUACUCUAUACACAAUGUUGACUAUGUUCGCUGCAGACUAUAAAAUAUUCGAUCUGUUUGUGAAUCACGAGAGUUUCGCGAAGUUAAUACAAAAUCUUACGGAAGGAACAUUUAAACCAUUGCUACUUGUUGAAAUCGAAAUUCAACGAAAAUUCGACAAGAUAAUACAGAACCUCGCAAAGUGCUAUACCAUACUGAUUAUGAUCACUUAUAUAGGCCAUGUUUUGAUAUCAUUAUUGAUAAAUUUCAAAAAGAGGCAGUUAACAUUUAGAGGAUGGAUACCAUAUAAUUAUUCGUCAUUCAUGCUAUUUUGUCUCACAUACGCUCAUCAAUAUGUAGGCGUGAUACUCGCGUGUCUUGUUAGCGUUGCUUGUGACAGUCUCAUUAUUGGUUUGUUAUUGCAUGUGUGCUGUCAAAUUAUGAUCUUACAGUAUCGUUUGAAAAGUCUUAUAAAUGACCAGAAUACUCUACGUGACUGUGUACGCCAACAUCGUCACAUAAUCAAAUUCGCAUAUGCGAUUAACAAGAGAUUCACGAGGAUAAUCGCGUUUCAAUUCGUAGCAAAUUUUAUUGCGUUUUUUGCAUAUACAUUGUGCAUACUUGUACAAAUUUUUAUCUAUUGCUGGUUUGGAAAUAAACUGAAACUGAUGAGCCUUCAACUGGUCGAUAGUAUUUUCGAAAUAGAAUGGAUACCAUUGGACCUUAAAACUAAAAAAAGUCUUUUGGUAAUUAUGACUCGCGCAAUGAAACCUAUUGAAUUUAACAGUGCAUACAUUCUUAACAUGAACUUAGACUCUUUUGUAGCGUUGCUUAAAACAUCAUAUUCUGCUUAUAAUUUGCUAUCCCAAGUACAGGAAUAACAAUAUAAAGGCAAGU